UUUCAGUAUUUAAAAUAUAUAAAUGUGUCAUAACAUAUUGCAAAGAGAUUAUUCAGAUACUUCAACGUUAUUAAAACGAAGGAGCUUCAGAUGGACAAAGAGUAGAUGAUUUACAUUGCUGGAAGCUGUAAUAAGAACAGGGAAGCUCUACAAACAUGGAAACAGAGGAAGUAGUGGCUGCGUCUCUUGUGGAACCAACAACCGAAGUCAAAGAUGCAAAUACGGAGGAAAGCAAAGAGCCCGCGGAAAGCACAGACAUCCAGAAUCAUGUCACAGAUGAAAACAAAGAGGGAGCUGUAACGGAGAAGGAGGGUGAGUCUUCCAAAGAUGAUGACAAACCACCUUGUGACUGGUUGGAGCCACUCGAAGAAGACUGCGACGAUGUCGAUUCCCAGAGCGUUGAUGGAGAAAUAGAGAGCCUUGUGGGGAGCGAAUGGAGCGGCAGUGUGGUUAGUGUUAGGAAAAACGCUGGAGAGAGAGGUGGCAGAGGUGUUGGGAGACCGAGGAGGAGAGCACAAUGCGAGGUAGAUGAAGAAUGGGAAGAUUGGCCAUCAUUAGGGAAAGGAUGGAAACGCAAACAGGUUUUUCGUCGGUCAGGCACCAGUGAAGGACGCAGUGAUACAUACUACAUGAGUCCAAGAGGUCAUAAAGUGAGAAGUAGGGUUGAGCUUAUGAAGUUUAUGAGUGCAUCUGUGGACCUCACAAAUUUUGAUUUUAAAACGGGCCAGUUUCUUGAUGAAGCGCCUCGAAGAAGAAAGAGAAGGAAAGUGGAUUCUCCCCAGGCACACUUUCCUGUACCCAGUUUUCCAAAUGAAGUAGCAGAUCCAGGUAGUGCAGCCGGCAAUCCAGGAUCUUCGGCUAGUCUCAGCUACAGUACAGCUCCGAAGUUGAGCUCAUAUUCAAUCCAAAAGGGUGCCAAUACAGUGACCACUCCAAAAUCCAGUACCUAUACUAGUCCUGAAACAGAUACCGCUUUACCAAGUGCCACCCCACAAUUUACUGUUGAUCUGACUGAAGAAUCUGCAAAUCCAACUCCUCCUCCUUCGGGUGUUUCAGUGUCUGGGGCCCCAGAUGGGCCAGUCAAUGGUGCCAGUGGAAAUUCACAAAAAUGUUUUAGUGUCUGUCUAAAAUGUCAUAAAACCUAUGAUUUUGAAGAGGGACAAACUAUGUGCCAGGAGUGCAGACUAGAGGUUAUCGUAUUCAGACGAAGAAAACCCUACAAAAAGUGGAUUCCAUGUGGCCGAUGCCGGGCUUGCCAAUAUACAGUGGACUGUGGAAAAUGUGUUAAUUGCAGAAAUGGUCGGCUACGCGUCCGACUCAAUAUCCACUCUCGUAAAGUCAUUAAGUGUCACAAACGGAAGUGUUUGCACCCCAUCAAUAGAGACAGGGCUGUAAAGGCAUCAGAGUGGCAGUUUCCAAACAUGGACGUGUCACUAAGCACUGCUUCAAAUAUUUCACAUCCCUCAGUCUCAGAUGAUUUUGAGGAAUCGCAGAGCUCCUAUCUGCAGUACAGCGACUCUGAGGAUCUGUCUAUGUUCUUUGGGGGUAAUGAUGGUGACAAUGGCCUGGAUGAGAUGGGUGUGCCAAAAGUACGCCGCCGUUCCUGUGGGAAGUGUAAAGGCUGCGUUCGCCGUACAGACUGUGGAAGCUGUGAUUUUUGCAUGGACAAACCCAAGUUUGGAGGAAGAAAUAAGAAAAGACAGAAAUGCCGUCUACGACAGUGUCAAAGAGAGGCUAUGAAGCAUUUGCUGCCCAUGGAUGAAGCGGAGAUGCUCUUUUCUCAGGGCUGGGUUACACACGGCAGGCCACGGUACACAUAUGGACGUGGUAGACCCAGGUCCAAAAAGUUGUGGGACUUUGAGGUUUCAGAUAACGAGGCUGAAUCAUAUGUGCCAAAGGUGCAUACCUCAGGUGUUGGCCAGGUGCUGAAUCGGAACAGGUUCCUUCAUCCCAGUUACAACAGAAAGGCUUAUGUUUAUACUGAUGUUGCAAACAGUCAUUUGAUGAACAACAUCCCAUUCUACAAUCCACAGAAAUUUGUGAUGAGCCCCCAGCUGCACAUAGGGCGGGCGGAGAUGAUCAAAGAAAAUGGGCUUCAAGGCACUGGCAUCAGAAGCAGAGCCCUUCAGUCUGCAAGACCAGAGGUUCUUCCUAUGGCCAUUCCACCAACCUGUCCUGGAGGGAGUUUGGGGGAAGGGAAUCGAUCACAUGGUUCAGCAGGUCAGGAGCCAUGUCAAGAGGAGCAACAGGAGGACGAGUCUUGCCCAUCGAUCACUCAGAAAUUCAGCAUGGGUGACAAUGACCCCACAAUCCAAGCCAUCGACAUCAAUCAUGAACUGAUGCCUCUGCUGAGAUCUCUUCGUAGCAUGGUACUUCCUGUCCUCUGGUUCUGUGUUGUGGUGGAAGGCCCUCAGUUACAGCUGAUGCAGUGCUCUAAGCGCUCCACUAUGGCAGACACCGUUAUUCAUAUUGAGCCCCACUUCCACUACCACAUCAGUGUCCAGGGACAGCCGCUCCUGCCCACCCACAGACUCUACGACAGCCACCCGCCUCGUCUCACCACUACAAAAGAGAUUGUUGCCCUUCUCGAGGACCUAGAAAGGUACUCGGUCUGCCAGGGCUCAGGGCACAAAAAAUCCACGACUGGGUCAGAGCCUGUGGUUCCCGAACGGGCGGCUACCUGUGACUUCCUGGUUUUUUCAGAAACAGAAUGCUGUGAAAAAUGCAAAGCUCUAUAAGAAGUAUAGAGAGACUAUUCAGCACAUGGGAAUUGGUCUUCAAGUAAUACAUCAUCUAUUUUCUAAUUUUGAACUAUUCUAGAAUAUCUUUCGACUCUAAUAUAAAAUUAUUAGAGAAUUGUUUUUAUGUUUUUUCAGAAUGGUGCCAGCAUUACAUUGACUGAUGAAUCAGUUUUUGGUUACUUUAUUCCACAAAAAGGACUAAUAUUACUUCCCACAUUAACAAGAUAGUUUCCCCAAAAAUAAAAAUAAGGAUGUCAUAAUUGACUUACCCUGGUGUUGUUUUAAUGUUAUAUGCCCUUAUUUCUUUUGUGGACCGCAAUCAGACAGCACCAGGGUGAUUAAAUGAUGACUUAACGUUCAUUUUUGAGUGAACUAUCCUUUAAAUGAGUGACCACUAAACAUGUAGAUGUUAUUUGUGUGUUUGUUUGUUUUUUUACCCUAGAAUAUGUGACAGGUUUUGGUACCUACUCUGGCUAAGGAUGCUCAUUGAAUCCCGGUCAAAUAAAUGGAGGCAGUGAAUGGAAAUGUUUUACAUAGUCAGACAUUGAGCAGUUUAACUGUACAUCUGGCCUUGCACUAAAGUUAUAAUAGUGCUUCAAAUCCAUUUUGUUUUAAUUCCUCACACCAGUGAUAUCUUUACAUGUUUUAAUGCUUAUGUACUUCUCAGGGGGGGUUUUCAGAAUGCAUUGAUCAGGUGGAAGGUCCAUGUUUGUAAAAAAAAAUUGAAUAAUUGCUGUAUGAUACGUGAUGAGGCUGCUUUCGUUUUGGAUAGACAAUUUUGUACAUAGUGCAAUUGGUGGCAGAGAAAUUAGAUAAAAUAUAGCGAGAAUGUGUUUUUUUUUUAUUGUUUUAUAUAUAAACACAUCUUUUGCUUUCCAGAAUUUGUUUCCUCUGUUACAAAACACUUUGAAUUAUGUUUGUAUGUGCUUUCAUAUAAAUAAUCUGAUUUAUUUCUGUUUAUUUAAUAAAUCGUAUUCUCAGUUGAA